AUGGCUACUCCUGAACAACAAAAGCAAUUGCAGGCUCUCUCAGACGAGUACACUACCCUACAGAACGCCAGACAAAAACUCGAAUCUCAACAACAAGAGAACAAGGGCCUUGUUGGCCCUAUCCUACUCAAGCAAGAUGCAUCCGAGGCAAAGAGCACUGUCGAUGGCCGUCUAGAGUUCAUUGACAAGGAAAUGUGCGUUUUCUUCUACUUUCGACUCAAAGCUUAA